AUGCUUAAUCAUCCACUCUCUCCUCCAUUACAAUGCUAAUCCGCUUAAAAUGCUUUAGCUGUUCUACCACCUUCUGCUAAUAUUUCAGCAAAAUAGAAAAUUCAUGUUUCAAAUUUGCCUCUUAAUAUUACUGCUCAGCAUUUGUAAUAAGCAUUUUAAUCUUAUGGAAAUAUAAUAGAUAUUCGUAUAAUUAGGAAAACUCCAAAUGGUAAUGAAUUGAUGUUAUUAUAGGACUUCCAUUAAAUUUAUCAUGUUAUGCAUUUAUUGCAUUUGCCGAUAACGAAUCAGCUGAAAAAGCAAUUUAAGAUGGCGGUUUAGGUGAAUGGAGUAUUAAACCUUAAAUUGAUAAAUAAAUGGUUGUUAAACAAAGGUCUCGAUCAAGAUCAAGAUCAUAAGAAAAACAUAGAUAAGUGCUUAAAAGUGGUCCUAUUAUUCCAUUAGAACAAUCUCCAAAAAUAUAAAUUCAGCUAUAUGUUAGAGAAUUAUUUGUGAAUGGAAUAUCAAAGAACUAUGAUGAACCGCGAAUAAGAUAGGUAAUACAAUGUGAAAAUUAUAGAUAUUUUCUUAAUUUGGUUCUAUAGAGAGGAUUGAUCUGUAUCCGAAUAAGCAUAAUAUAUUUAACAGUUAUAUAAAAUUUUUUACUGUAUAAACGUUUUUUUAUUUGAAUUUAGAUAGAAUAAGCUAUUUAUGCUUUUUAAAAUAUGGAUAGUAUUUAGUAAUAGUUUUCUACUCAAAUAAAAAUAUAUUUUUCUGAUCCUAUCAAAAGACAUAAUAUCGUUGGAAAUAAGUAAACACAAUUUUAUAGCAUUUUUUUAGUUUAUAAUAUGAAUCAUAAUCUAAACUUUCGUCAGUAUUAUUUAUAUUUUUUCCUCCUAAUUCAAAUAAAAAAGUCGAUCAUGCAUUUUUAUUAGAAGUAAUGUUUACAAAAUCAUAUUAUAAAAGAUUUGUUAAAAUAAUAAAUGUCGUCCUCUCCUUUGGAAUUAUUAUCAAUAAGAUUCUAAUUAUAAAUCUUACACUCUCCUUUAAUUUAAAGAUAUUCACUAAGCUAUUCAAAUGAGAACUUACUUUUAAUCUAAUGCUGCAGAUAUUCUAGGAGAUCCAAAAUGUGAAGUUGGUAUAGUCUCUAUUCCAACACCUCAAUAAUAUUAACCUCAACUACCUGUAAUGAUACAAUAAUAGUAAUUUACAAAUAAUAUGUUGAUGUCUCAACAAAUUCCCCCUUAAAAAUAUUAGAUACCCUAUUAAAUGCCAGCUUAUCAAUAAUUAUAAUAACAACCAAUCAUUUACUAAUAAAUGCAUCAUCAUCAUAAUAAUUAUAUAUAAAAUAAUGAUUAAAAGAUGUAAUAAUAAUAAUUACCUGAUCCAACCAAAUUCUUAUUCCAUUAGACUUAAACUUCAAAUGAACCAAUAAAUAAACCCUAUAACUCUUAAUAAUAGUUGAGUUAAUAAAUAGAGAAUUAAGAAAUUCUAAAUGGAUUUUAAAAUUUUUCUUAAAUUUAAUAAAGAUAAGACCUUAAUGAUUUUUGGAGUGGUUUUAUGUAUAGGAGUAAAAGUCAUAGAGUAGGAGUAGAUGCCUUUUGUAUAGAAUCAGAUGUAAUAUUUAUUAAAUAUUAAGUAGCCUCCUAUACAAAUGAGUCCAUAAAUAUAAGUCAAUUAUAAGGGGAAUUUCUCAGAUGCUAAAAAAUGUGCUAAUGAUUCAUUUAAAUUCAUAUUAUGUCCUUCUGAUUCAACAUAGGUAAUCUGAAUAAUUUAUAUAAAUAGAAUAGUGCUUUCUAAGAAUAUAUUGAUUACUUUCUUGAAAAAAAGAAGAUAGGAGUGGCUUAAUUAGGAAAUGGUAUUUUAUAUUUGUUACCACCAUGUGAAAUUACUAAUUCUAUUAUGGUAAUAUCUGGAUUGGAAUUGUUAGCAAUAUUUUCUGAAGAAAAAAAGAAAUCCUUAAAUUAUACCUUAGAUUAUCAAUGA